AUGGUACCCAAACAGAUUUUGGCCUGGAACCUGGAAAAAUAGACAGAGUCUAGUUGGAUUGUCGUGGUCGUGUACAGCUAAACAGAAUAACCGACUCCAUUGAAUGAAAACUGCAUAAUGUUUAUUUUUUUCGAGUGCAAUUUUACUGAAAAGUGAUCUCGAAACACACGGCCAGAAACAGAUAAAUAAAAGAAGGAGGUGGGAGUGUGUGAAAGAGGUGUGUGCGUGUCUGUCUGCCUGUGUGUACGUGUUUUUGCGCGCAAGUGUGAGGAGGAGAAACAGAGUGACGUUUACAAAGUUUGGCCCUUCUUUUCGGUAUCUCGUCUAAAUGUUGUGUGUGAAACAAGAGCAAAAAACCACCUUGGGAGAGGCAUCUGUAGUUUGGAGUUAAUUCGUCUGCCGAUUCCAAUGGCACUUGCUGGCAGCAUUUCCGAUUGCUAGAUUUGUUGCUGCUGCUGCUUGCGGGCUGGUAACGGAGCGACAGUGACAGCGAUAACAACAAAAGAAUACCAGGCAACCACCCUUCUCCAUCCCGCUCGAGAAUUCAUUCACAUUAGUGGAAAUUAUCAAAAGGGGAAGCGAGAAGGAAAGUAAGAGACGUGGGAGUAUCGCAAGCAGAAGAAUUCGAGCAUCAUGUAUCGUUGCUGUUAGAUCAAAGGAUCAGGAAUCCCUACUGAAAGAUCACACACACAUUUAGAGACACAACUCUUUGUCUCUCUCUUUCUCUCUGUGCCUGUCUGUGUGCCAGCUUUGACUACUCUACGAUCAGGUCGCUAUCGCCGUUGCCGUUGCCGUCAGCGUCGCUAUGACCCUGACAGCCACGACAAUUGCCGCAACACAGGAGAGCCAAACGAAGAUGGACGUGAAGGUCACUGGCAGCAGCAGUAACACUCAACCUCCCACAGCCGAUGAGAAUUUGCCCACCUCUGAAAUGGAUUUGUUGGCCAAACUGGAGGCAGCAAACAAGCUCAUCGAGAGCGAUGCCAAGUCACUCAAUUCACUGCACUCCACGCACAGUCGCAAGAAUUCCGACACGAGUCAGAUUAGUCUCACAUCGAGCGGCAAUUCCGUGGCCGAGGAGGACAUCUGGACAACAUGGGCCACCAUUCUGAACGACUGGGAAGGGGCGCUGAAGCGCAAGAAUCCGUGUGUGCGCGAGCUGGUGCGUCGCGGCAUACCGCACCAUUUUCGGGCGAUUGUGUGGCAACAGUUGAGCACAGCGGCGGAGGCGGACAAGAAGCAGUAUGCGGAGUACAUCAAGGCGACGAGCGCCUGCGAGAAGGUGAUACGCCGCGACAUUGCGCGCACCUACCCGGAGGUGGACUUCUUCAAGGAGAAGGACGGGCCCGGCCAGGAGGCACUGUUCAAUGUGAUCAAGGCGUAUUCGCUGCACGAUCGCGAGGUGGGCUAUUGCCAGGGCUCCGGUUUCAUUGUGGGCCUGCUGCUGAUGCAAAUGCCCGAGGAGGAGGCGUUCGCGGUGCUCGUGCAAAUAAUGCAACAGCAUCGCAUGCGGCACAUGUUCAAGCCAUCGAUGUCCGAGCUUGGUCUGUGCAUGUACCAGCUGGAGAAUCUCGUGCAGGAGCAGAUACCCGACAUGCACAUACACUUCCAGCAGCAGGGCUUCCAGACAACGAUGUACGCAUCUAGUUGGUUCCUCACCCUCUACACGACCACGCUGAAUGUGAACCUCAGCUGCCGCAUCAUGGACGUCUUCCUCAGCGAGGGCAUGGAGUUUAUCUUUAAGGUGGCACUGGCCCUGCUCCUCACCGGCAAGGAGACGCUCCUCUGCCUGGACAUGGAGGCCAUGCUGAAGUUCUUCCAGAAGGAGCUGCCCGGCCGUGUGGAGGCCGAUCCGGAGGGUUUCUUCAAUCUCGCCUAUGCCCAGAAGCUGAAUACAAAGCGCAUGAAAAAAAUGGAGAAAGAGUAUCAAGACUUGAAGAAAAAGGAGCAGGAGGAAAUGGUCGAACUACGUCGGCUGCGUCGCGAGAAUUGUCUGCUCAAGCAGCGAAAUGAUUUACUUGAGGCGGAGAGUGCAGAGCUGGCCGAUCGCCUGGUGCGAGGUCAGGUCUCACGUGCCGAAGAGGAGGAAACAAGCUAUGCCAUUCAAACGGAACUGAUGCAGCUGAGACGGUCCUAUCUGGAAGUCUCCCAUCAGCUGGAGAAUGCCAAUGAGGAGGUUCGUGGUCUCAGUCUACGGCUGCAGGAGAAUAAUGUAUCCAUCGAAAGCAACAACUCGCGCCAGUCGUCCAUCGAUGAGCUGUGCAUGAAGGAGGAGGCACUGAAGCAGCGCGACGAGAUGGUUUCGUGUUUGCUGGAAGAGCUAGUGAAGGUGCGUCAGGGUCUGGCCGAGAGCGAGGAUCAGAUCAGGAAUCUUAAGUCAAAGGUCGAGGAGCUGGAGGAGGACAAGAAGACACUGCGCGAGACAACGCCGGACAAUUCGGUGGCGCAUCUGCAGGACGAACUGAUUGCCAGCAAGUUGCGCGAGGCGGAGGCCUCACUCUCCCUCAAGGAUCUCAAGCAGCGGGUGCAGGAGCUCAGCUCUCAGUGGCAGCGCCAGCUGGCCGAGAAUCAGCGCAGCGAGAGUGAGAGGAACACCCAAGCGCUGGACUCGACGCCCAAGAAGCUGUUGACCAAUUUCUUUGAGGGCUCCAAGUCCAGCGAGCUAACCCAAAAGCUCGAGGAGGAGCUGAUGACCACGCGUAUACGAGAGAUGGAGACGCUCACCGAGCUGAAGGAACUGCGCCUCAAGGUCAUGGAGUUGGAGACCCAAGUGCAGGUCUCCACCAACCAGCUGCGACGCCAGGACGAGGAGCAAAAGAAGCUCAAAGAAGAGCUCGAGAUGGCCGUUACCCGGGAGAAGGAUAUGGCCAAUAAAGCGCGCGAACAGCAGCACAGAUACUCGGAUCUGGAAUCUCGUAUGAAGGAUGAACUGAUGAAUGUGAAGAUCAAAUUCACGGAACAGAGCCAAACGGUGGCCGAACUGAAACAGGAAAUAUCCCGACUGGAGACCAAGAACUCGGAAAUGCUGGCUGAAGGCGAACUGCGUGCCAAUUUGGAUGAGUCGGAUAAGGUGCGCGACCUGCAGGACAGGCUGGCCGACAUAAAGGCGGAGUUGACGGCGCUGAAGAGUCGCGGCAAAUUUCCGGGUACAAAGCUGCGCAGUGCAUCCAUUCAGUCGAUUGAAUCGACUGAGAUGGACUUUAGCGAACUCAACAUGAUGCGGCGCGGUAGCACAGAGCUGUCGACAUAAC